GCGCAGGAGGUCCAUAAGUACCUGGCCCUGCUGCAGAGGCAGAAGAACCCCAGGUCACGUAUCUGGAGCGGGAGUUGGAGAGCCUCAAGGCAGUGCUAGAGAUUGUGAAUGAGAAGCUACACCAGCAGGACCUCAAACUGCUCAAGAUGGUGAAGCUGGUGGAUAGCAACACGGCCCUAGUAGACAAGCUGAAGAGGGUCCAGCAGAAGAAGGAAGAGCUGAAAGCUCGAGUGGACAAGCAUAUGGCCAUCUCCAGCGAGCAGGUGGUGUUGCUGGAGUCCCUGGAGAAGGAGUUCAAGAUCAUUGAGAGGCUGUUUAUGGAGAACGAGAUGCUGCUGGGGAAGCUCCACUACGGGGACCUAUGCAGCUCCAAGAAGUCCCCCCAUCCCUGGACGUGGCGGCGGCGUGGGUGCUGCCUCCCUCUUCCCCGAGGAACUCGGCGUCCUUCCCCAGCCCUACAGACUCGCCCAGAUGACCCUUCCGCAGUACGGGCACACAGCUGCUUGAGCGCUCUCGGGUUGCCCAAGGAAGACUUAGGCCAGCGAGGGGCGGAGGGAGGGAGGGCGCCAGGAGAGCACUCAGGAGACCGGCCUGACCUGGCCUGACCCUCCAGCCCGCGGACACAGAAGCGAGGGGCUUCAGGGAGGGCCAUUACUGCACAGAACACUUGGCGAGCCGGACCAGUCUUGCCCUCUGCCUUUCUUUCCCCUGUCCGGGGGAGAAUCAGGUCAGGGGCCUCUUCACUAGGGUAGAACUUUCCUCAGGUUCCUGGCACAAACCUUUGUCUUUGGGUCACGAAGGUGUGGGAAUGGGGUGGCACUAGGGGGUAUUCUGGAUGAAGCCCUGAAAAGUGGCCCUAAAGGGGCUAGAAUUGGACCUCAGCCAGCGGGUGCUUGGAGGUUCCAUUUACUUUGAAUUGCGGGGCUGGGGCCCAGGAAGGAACUAAUGUAUUUUGAGUUGUGUGUUAAAAUAAUAAACAUAAAUUUUACUUCACAAAAAAGAGUCUUUUGACACAGCCAAAGGUACCCCUAAUUAUCUCAAUUGCUUUUCUCAAUGUGCUUGGUAUUUGCUUCAGAGUUUAAUAGUUCCCCCUUCCCUUUCAUUCUUCAGAGAGAGGAUUUUUUUUAAGGUAUGGUUUUAAAUAUCCUGCCACCACAUUUAUUAUGUUUUCCUAACUUUGCCUUCAAGGUGAGCAGUCAAGAUAAGCUGCUGAUCUGCAGUCCCAUCUAAUUUUGUUUUUGCAUCACUCUGUUAAGUUGUCUUGCUUCCAAUAAUCAUUAAGAUGUAAGUGACACUCCAGGGGAAAUCAAUUCCUUUUGACUGAAUAGAAAAUAACUCCUACCUCCCUCGAAUCAUAAUCACUGCUUUGUUUAUUUUACUGUUGCUUAAGCUCCAUUCUUGUUUCUACCCUAGUGAAGUGUCCUGGAUUGCAGGCAUAAGCCUGUAGGGCUGAGCUGGGUAGGGUAGUGGAGUUCAUUUGCCCAUUCUUUACAUCUUGCCCAAAAAAAGGAAAUAAUUAGAACCACUUAGGAAUAAGAAUUACAUUUUUUAGUAAAAUGCUAAAUGUUGUCUUCCUGGAGAUUAUUUAAAGAAGAAAACCAUUCAUAUCACUCAAGGAUUUGGCCUUUUGUUUUUGCUUCUCCCCAUCUUUUUUUCUGGAGGAGAUAGAAUUGCAGAAAGUUCUAAUUUGCAAACUCCUAGAAGACAGAGACCAUAUUUUAUCUUUCUGUGUCUGCCAGAUUUUAUUCAUAUUUUGGGAGUGAUUUCAAUAAAUAUCUGACUGAAUUAAAAGAAAACUUUGCCUGUUGGAUCUCUUAGGCCAGGCACCAAUCUACCAAGGGAAAGCAGAAGAUCCUAACAACCAGGAUCUUUUGAGUAGCUAC